AUGCUGCCUCAGGUCAGGAUAUUGAGUGUCGAGCAAGGCUACGCAGAGGUCGAGAAAGAAGAUGGCAGCAAAGGUUACGUGCCCACCUAUUUCCUGGAUUUGGAAACCGUGCCUGGUGAUAACUUUGGAGACCAAAUACGAUAUCGUCGUAAAUGGUACCGUUUACUGGAUAAUGCUGAAGCGGCCAUUUAUGAAGAUAAUCCAUCAAAUUUACUAGACAACAUUGGUUACCUAACUGCUUUAACAUCAUUCUUCCCGACGGCAGAAUCCGAGCAACGAAAUGUGCGCGCAUUGAGCUCGCCGAGAGAUCACAAACGGCCAAUAUGCAUCGAGCCACUGCAGGAUAUGACGACGAAAUGCAAAUUUUACUCGGAAGAAGCGUAUACAGUCAUAUGGAGGGGGCCAGCAAUCGCUGCCGGACGCUCUUAUGACGUAAGGACAGACAAAGAUGGGCAUUCAAUAUUGACAUUAAGAAAUUGUCUGGAGGAAGAUGCGGGUCAGUACUGGGCCCAAGCCAAAAACGUCUUCGGCAAGUGCCAUUCAGUAGCCUGGAUAGCUGUUAUCACAGCACCGGGCUGCACACAUAUCACUCUGUGCAAAGCUCUUCAUCGCACAGCAGUUCUCUUACAGUGGAAACGUGUAAAAUCUGGAAAUUCAAAAAACGUUUUUUAUGCCGUGCAAUAUAAACGGAAAGGUAUAUUACACAUUACUUUGAAAUUUUAG